GCGCUGUCCGCCCGCUCCUCCCGCCCGGCCCGGCCCCUCCCGGGAGCUGCCGCACCAACACCGCCACAGCACCGGCCGAUCCAGCAAUAAGCAACCAUGAAUGAGGUGGUGGAGACCCUGAGGAAGAUCGAGGAGAAGUACAAGCUGUUCCAGCAGCAGCAGUUCACCUUCAUCAAAGCCCUGGAGCGCACGCGGGAGGAAGCCCAUGACAUGAUGAGACCUGUGUCAUCCAUUAUCCAGGUGCAGUGCUACAAGGACAACCACUGCUACAACGCCACAGACAGGCGCAUCCUCAACAUGUUCGUGUCCCUGUGCAACGAGCUGCGCUGCCUGAGCCAGAAGAUGGAGACGGUGCACGCUGGGGACAGCGUCACCAACGGCCUUUUGGAGAAGUGCAAAUUGCUCCUGAACGACAGCAACGACCUCACUGCCCUUCGAGCCACGUACCCCCACGGUGUUGUGAACCACCUGAGCCUGGAGGAGGCGCAGCAUCGCUAUGGAGGGGUGGUGAGCUUGCUGCCCAUCGUCCUGGACAGCAUGAGGGACUGGGUCACACACUCCAACCUGAAAGUCCUCUAUAUUGUGAGUCCUGGAUGUGCCAGGUGCAAGGAGGAGACACCCACUUCCCAAACAGCACCUGAAGCUCUGACCUCCAAUAGUAAUGAAAAUACUGUAAAAUUGCAGGACAAAGAUUUCAAGAAAUUCCUGGCUGCAAAUCAACGUCCGCAAAAAAAGAAAGCUCCCUGGAGGCCACCAGGCAAACACCCCUAUUAAAGGAUCAGAGCUCCUGCAUCAUCUGCUCACCACCUUUAAGCACCUAGCUGAUCUAAUACACUGCAGUGAACACUUGA